CUUUUGCGCACUGGAUCACUUGCACGCAUCUCAGUAAGAUGGCGAAGCACAGCAGCAGAGCCAGCUGUUGCAGCUUCCAGUUCAGGAAAGGGAGGCAUAUGCUUUGACCUGACUGAUGAGCAGAAGGAGAUUCAGGAGUUGGCUCGCAAAUUUUCGCGAGAGGAGAUUGUGCCAAAGGCUGCAGAGUUUGACAGAACAAUGGAAUACCCUUGGGAAAUUAUCAAGAAGGGAUGGGAAGUUGGUCUCAUGAACCCCCAUAUUCCCGGUGAAUGUGGAGGUCUUGGAUUGGGAACUUUCGAAGGAUGUCUUAUUACGGAAGAGAUUGCUUAUGGCUGUACGGGUAUCCAAACCGCAAUGGAGGCUAACAACCUGGGGCAAAUGCCAGUAAUCCUUGCUGGCAAUGAUGAGCAGAAGAAAAAGUAUCUUGGUCGCAUGACAGAGGAGCCAUUGAUGUGUGCUUAUGGAGUGACUGAACCUGGUGCUGGCUCUGACGUGUCGGGAAUUAAAACCCGAGCAGAGAAGAAGGGUGAUGAGUACGUUAUCAACGGCCAGAAGAUGUGGAUCACUAAUGGUGGAGUCGCUAACUGGUAUUUCCUGUUGGCUCGUACCAACCCAGAUCCCAAGUGCCCUUCUUCUAAGGCCUUCUCUGGUUUCAUCGUUGACGGCGAUUCCCCUGGCCUGAUCAAGGGACGCAAGGAGAUCAACAUGGGCCAGCGCUGCUCUAACACCUGUGGCUUUACCUUGGAAGAUGUUGUUGUGCCCAAAGAGAAUGUUCUCAUUGGUGAAGGUGCAGGCUUUAAGAUUGCAAUGGGUGCCUUUGAUCGCACUCGACCCCCGGUGGCAGCUGGAGCAGUGGGCCUGUCCCAGAGAGCCCUUGAGGAAGCCACCAAGUAUGCCCUGGAGAGGAAGACUUUUGGAACUCAUAUUGCUAACCAUCAAGCUGUGUCCUUCAUGCUGGCUGAAAUGGCAAUGGAGACCGAACUGGGCAGGUUGGCUUGGAUGAGAGCAGCCUGGGAAGUCGAUCAGGGUCGUCGCAAUACAUAUUAUGCCUCCAUUGCCAAGGGCUUUGCUGGAGAUGCUGCUAAUCGUGCAGCCACUAACUCAGUCCAGGUCUUUGGUGGCAAUGGAUUCAACACAGAGUACCCAGCAGAGAAACUGAUGCGCGAUGCCAAGAUCUACCAGAUCUACGAGGGCACAGCACAGAUUCAGCGUCUUAUCAUUGCAAGAGAGCAUCUGACCCGAGCCAAGAUGGGUCUGUUGUAAACACCGCAAGGCUUAUUUUGUCCCAGAUAUAUGAAGAAGCAGUGAAUUAUUUAAUGUCAACUCUAGAAUGAAAACAAAGUGUAAACUGAUUCCAUUGUAAACUUUAAAAACAUAUCAGACUUAAUAAGAGUUAACAGUUUGUUUUGCUGUAGGUCCUAAUAAGACUCGAAUUGGCUUUGUUAAGAUCAAAAAGAAAAAAAGUGUAGAUUCACUGUUUAACUAAUAAUAUCACUUCUAUGAAAAGAUUCAUUUUGUGUAAUGUCAAAUUGUUAUCAGUUUUCUUGUAUCACAUCAUUACUAACAGGUCAGUUUAUGCAGUUUAGCUUUAGUGUAUUCAGAUGCAGAACAGCGAUACUGAAUUCUUAAUAGUUGUAAGAAAUUUAUAUUGAAGGUAUCUCCCAAUAUCAUUAUUACAUAUAACAAGAGUAUGAUGGAGCCCCUUUUUGUAUGAAUUGAAGUUCAAGUCUAAAAUAAUUGAAACAAAAAAAAUAUCUUCAAUCUACUGUUAUUAUUCUGGUGCUAGGAAGUGGUUGCAAAGAAAAAUCUUCACAUUAUCUUGUUGAAGGUACUUGGAAAUAUUCUUAAAUCUAUGGAUAUUUUGGAAUCGGUUACCAGUUUAUACCAUUCAACAGGUUCAGUUUGUGCAACUAUCAAUGCAAUAUGAUGUAAGUUUUGCAAACAAUUUUUAUUAUAUAUAUUUUUAGAAUAAAAUAAAGUCAGUAUAUUUAAAAACUUAUCCGUGCCAUUGCCUAACAUAUUUUAUACAGAGUAAAGCAUGUUGUA